AUGAAAUUGCCGAUUCCACGGCUCGCUCAGAAUGCUGCUGCCGUUGCUGCCGCUGCCGCUGCUUCGUCUUCGGCUCAUGUUUCGGGUGGUGUUUUAAACUCGAAAUCCCACGAGAUGUUGAUAACCACUUCUUGGCCACCCGCCAAUAAUAGCAACACGAACAACGUUUCGAUGGCUAAUUCCUUGCCGGUUAUUCCUUGUCCAGAGACAAUCGGACAAAAUCCCAUCGGCAAACCAGUCCCCAAUAAACGUGGGCGUAAACCUUUAACGACCAUGCCAUCAACGAAAAAGCACAUUCAAAAUCUGACCAAUCAACGCGCAUUUCGUCAACGUCGUGAGAAUUACAUCCGAAACUUAGAAACGAAAGCAACCACGCUAGAGUAUCUUUAUUCACAGGCACAGGAAGAGAUCAAAAACCUAAAGGAACAAUUAGGGUCAAUGCGAAAACAACUAUUCGAGGGUGAUAGUAGAAAUGUUUGCGGUGGUGGUGCACUCUCCAAUUCCAAUUCUCCAAGCCUCAAUGAUUCGUCUUCGUCCAUGAUGGAUCAUUGUCCACACAAUAAUCCAACAGACACUUGCUGUGGAGUGGGAGGAUUCGGCGGAGGAUUGGGAGGAGUUGUUUCCACAUCUUCGUCAUCGUCUUCGUCAAGACAACAACCACCGAUGAUUUAUUCCGGUCAGCAAGUUGUUGUUGGCAAUAAUGGUGGUAACAAUCGUACUCAACACAUGUUUGCAGUGGUAUCUUCACGUGAAGGGUCUCCGAAAGAUGGUAUGAAUUGCGAUCUCUUAAUGAGUGAUGCCGCUAUGAGCCCUAUCAGUUCUAUUGGGUCUGAUGGUAGUAGUGGUAUUCAUAGUCCCCCAUUGAUGCCAAAUACCAAUAACCAUCAAUCAACUAAUAUUUAUCAGGAUGCAGCAUUUCAACAAUAUUCAGUACCGCAGUCUUCUUUUCUUUGUGAGGAUAAAAACGGAGAACUUUGCUACUGCGAACCCGACCCUGUAUCUGAUGCGCAUCUCGAGGAACAUACAAACAGAACUUUCCAAGGCAGAUCAAUUAUCAAUUCGGAAGCGGGUAAGACAAUGUGGAUUGUAUCUAAUGCACGAGAAAGCACGAAUAUAACAAACGAUGGAAAUCUAUGCGAUCCAAUUACUCCAACCUCGUAUUAUCAUCCAAUCUCGAAUGGCUGUUCCCCGUCGUCAAGCUCACCAAUCUAUAAUCAUCCGUUGCCAUCGCCUGAUGAGCCUGAGCCUCACUGGCAGCAGCUACAACAACAAUACUAUUCCCAAGCAACACAUCAUAAUCAAUCUCCACCACAUCAUUCUCAACAAACGAAUAAUCCGAAAUGGAUGCAACAUCAUGACCUACGUAGAGAAGAACAAAGUUGUGGUGGACGUUAA